UUCCCCCAGGCUUCCUGGGGAAGAUGUCCUCUGCCUGGAAGGCAGGAAGAGUACAUACAGCAAGGUCCUGGGAAAGUGAAGAAGAAAGUGACCAACCCUCCAGCCCAGAGGGGGAGUGAAGAAAGGGGGUGGACAAAUAGAGGUUGUUGCCAGUCUAGGAGAUCAGUACUGCUUGGGGAGGAGGCCAUUUGGCUGGUGGAAAAACCUGGCUUGAUGUGACCCCAGGGAAGUGAGUUGGACUGGGGGCGGAGAUUGCUCUGAUGUGGGAAGCAGAACAGAGCACAGCUUUCUUUUUUUCUGUGAGAGUUUUUAACUAUUUCAACCAUAGACUUGACCCCACCCCCCCGCCAAGGCAUUUAAAAAAAAUGUAUUCACUCCCUAUCCUGCACCAGCCUCAAUAUCCCUGUUUGUGGAAAGAGAAAAAUCAGAGGCGCUCACCAAUAGCCAUCUGGGAACAGGUUGUUGGGGUCACAGAAGGUAACAAUCUAGGUAAAGGCAAGAGAUGAGGGAGGGGAUUGAAAUGGUUUAGUCCUGGGGUUUAUCUUUUAGAACCAAUGCUAUUCUUUUUACUGUGAUUCUUCUUCCCAUCCCAUAUUCUUCUUCAAAGGCCCUUCCAGCAUAAGGAUCACAAAAAAAUUGCCCCUCUUCCCCAUCUACCUAAACCAACACUCCUCACCCACCCAUCCACCACCAGCUCCCAGCAGCUGCCACGCAGCUGGCUGGGAAAAAGGGAGAGGGUUCCUGCCGGGAGGGGAAGGGAGAAGAGUGGCGUCUCUGAGGGAUUUAACCUCCUACCCUCGGUUCCAGGACGCCACCCCCUCCUCCAAAGACUGGGACGGCGCCUCCAUUUUUGUUUUGGGGCGGAAGGGCAGGGGCUGGUGGAAAGAAGAGGUCAAAAGGAAACGGUGGUUAUCAACCGAGAGGGGGGAAGAGGGUGCCGUCCUCCCUCGUUCCCUUCCCUUCAGUCUGCACCCCCUGCAAACUGCCCCCACCUUCUCAGGGUCUCCCCCCUCCUUGUUGCUAAGGCCCAGACCGUCAUCCCAGCAACAGCCUCAGUCAUGUGACCGGCAAUGGCGGCGCUGACGAGAGUCCUGGUCAGCCGAGUGUGGAAAUAGAGGGAUUUCUGCUGCUGUUUCCGUCCAUGGGCUUUCCAGGUCACACAACCUACAAGUAGGGAGCAGGGACACAGAGGGAGAGCCUGCAUGCCAAUUCUAAGCUCUUCAGGAUCAAAUGUCGUUCGUCCUGUCCAGAAUGGCAGCCUGUGGAGGCACCUGCAAGAACAAAGUGACUGUCUCCAAGCCUGUGUGGGACUUCCUGAGCAAGGAGACCCCAGCCCGACUGGCCCGGCUUCGCGAGGAGCACCGUGUGUCCAUCCUCAUAGAUGGCGAGACUUCUGACAUCUAUGUUCUCCAGCUUUCCCCACAGGGCCCCCCCCCGGCCCCUCCCAAUGGGCUCUACCUGGCCCGGAAGGCUCUCAAGGGGCUUCUAAAAGAGGCAGAGAAAGAGCUGAAGAAAGCUCAGAGGCAGGGGGAGCUUAUGGGCUGCCUGGCGUUGGGGGGUGGGGGGGAGCACCCCGAGCUGCACCGCCCAGGCCCACCUCCUCUCCGAGCAGCCCCGCUCCUGCCCCCAGGGGCACGGGGACUCCCCCCACCUCCACCUCCCUUGCCCCCUCCUCUUCCUCCCCGCCUUCGGGAAGAGGCAGAAGAGCAGGAGAGCACUUGCCCCAUCUGUCUGGGGGAGAUCCAGAACGCCAAGACCUUGGAGAAGUGCCGGCACUCGUUCUGUGAGGGCUGUAUCACCCGGGCCCUGCAGGUGAAGAAGGCCUGCCCCAUGUGCGGGCGCUUCUACGGGCAGCUGGUGGGCAACCAGCCCCAGAAUGGGCGGAUGCUGGUCUCUAAGGACGCCACACUCCUACUGCCCAGCUAUGAGAAGUACGGCACCAUCGUCAUCCAGUACGUCUUCCCGCCCGGUGUCCAGGGGGCUGAACACCCAAACCCAGGAGUUCGGUAUCCUGGCACCACACGGGUGGCCUACCUCCCGGACUGCCCUGAGGGCAACAAGGUGCUGACCCUGUUCCGCAAGGCAUUUGACCAGCGUCUCACCUUCACUAUCGGCACGUCCAUGACCACAGGGAGACCGAAUGUCAUCACCUGGAAUGACAUCCACCACAAGACCAGCUGCACCGGAGGACCCCAGCUGUUUGGGUACCCGGACCCCACCUACUUGACCCGGGUGCAAGAGGAGCUGAGAGCCAAGGGUAUCACAGAUGACUGAAGGACAUCCCCUUUGCAAGGCCCCUGCCGUUCUCCUCCACUAGGACCCAACAGAAGCCUCUGUUCUCCUCUCUCCCUCUGCCCCCCCCCCCACACCACACUAGUCGGGGACCUGUCUGACUGGGGAAGGAGUUCAGAGAGGAAGGGGGCAGUCCCGUCCCCUGUCCCCCACUGGCCGAGUGCUUCAGUGCAGUGUGAGCCACUCCCUUCUGGCAGGGUCCCAGGCCCUGCUCCCCUCCUCCUAUGUACAUACUCCCAGCUUCCCUGGCCCUCUCUUGCCCUUGGCUUUUUCUGGUUUGUGCUGUGCUCCAGUGAGUAAGCUGAGAAAGGACCUGGGUGGGGAGGGCAGGGUCUCUUCAACCCCCCUGCCCCCACAUACUGCUCCUGCUGAACUUGUCGGUUCAGGGGGCUUAUUGGGCUGCUGUGAGCCCCCAUGGAGCCGGCUGUGUGUGUUCUUCAGAAACAAUUCCCCUUCUACCUUAACCUCGUCCUUUCUCUCCUGUGUCUCUGUCUGUCUUUCUCUCGCUCUUCUCUGCCCCCUAUAAGGAGCCUCCUUACCCUGUUCUGGAAUCGCUGCCAGACUGUAGCUUUUAAUUUAAUAAAAAUAAAGUAAAAUAUGCAACUCUC